AUGUGAUAAAUGUUUAAGUGUAAGCAUGUUGUUGUGUGAAGAAGGGGCGUGUUCUCGGUCUGUUGACUGAAAGCCCUGCUCUCUCCCACUGUACUAGCUAACCUGGCACAGCUACGCUAGCAGCUAGGUGGCUGAAAAUAGCCAGCUAGCCUAGCUUUCUACUUUCUGUCAGGGAAAUCAGUUCAUACUGGCACUGUGAAUUGUGUAUAUGCAGUAGCAAUGGAGUUAUCUUCCUGUGUGAGCCCGGGGAGACAUUUCUACCACCGUAUAAUGACUGACUGAGUGGAUAAACUGUCCUUUAUCGAACAAUUUGACCGGCUUUUCGGAAAACCCACAAGCUAGCGGUAGCGGGAAAAGCGUCUUUGGCGUCAAAUACACAUCGUUUGUGCUUCAAAAGAAGGCCCAGGCUUGCUGGGGCUAAAAACAGUAACAAUGAGGAAGCCACGUCGAAAAGGAGCUUUGCCCGUCAAUAUGGGUGACAAGAAAAAAGACGCUCCUGCACCUCAAGAGUGUGGUACUGGUCAGGUGGUAGCAGUUGUGUCACAGCCUCGCCCACCCUCACCCUACAGACUUAAGAUCUCACCGACUCGAGAGACUCUGACCUACGCCCAGGCCCAGAAGAUAGUGGAGGUGGAUCUGGAUGGGCGGCUGCACCGCAUCAGCAUCUUCGACCCACUGGCCAUUAUCACAGAGGACGAGAUGAUGGCGCAGGACAUGGCAGAGUGCAACAGCAACAAAGAAAACAGUGAGCAGCCACCUGCAACCAGCGUGUCCAGUCCGGCACGCAGGCCAGGAGGUCAUAAGGGCAAGAAAAAGGACUCUAAACAUGUAUCUUCUUCCUCUCAGAACGCACAAGGACAGAAUAAAUUGCAAAACUCCACCCAUGGGCACAGUAAUAACCAUUCUCGCUUACCUGAGCCCACUCUCAGAGUUCUGGACUCGUUUGAGCCUUUAGAGGCUCCACCUCUUCCUGCAGCCUACUACCGUUUCAUAGAGAAAUCACAAGAGGAGCUGGAGGCCGAAGCAGAGUAUGACAUGGACGAGGAGGACACAGCCUGGCUAGAGAUGGUGAACGAGAAACGGAAGUCUGAGGGACAACCACCUGUCUCUGCAGACACGUUCGAGACUGUAAUGGACCGGCUGGAGAAGGAGGCCUUCCUGGAAUCAAGGAUUCCACAAAAUUCUGUAGACGAGGACGCUUUCUGCUGCGUGUGCCUGGAUGAUGAGUGCCUCAACAGCAAUGUCAUUUUGUUUUGUGAUGUGUGCAACCUAGCCGUACACCAGGAGUGCUACGGUGUACCGUAUGUACCCGAGGGUCCAUGGCUAUGCCGGCGCUGUUUGCAGUCACCUUCCCGACCGGUAAACUGCGUGCUCUGUCCAAACCAGGGCGGCGCCUUUAAGCAGACAAGCGACGGCCAUUGGGCGCACGUAGUUUGUGCCAUCUGGAUUCCAGAGGUGUGCUUCGCAAACACGGUGUUCCUCGAACCCGUCGAGGGUGUAAACAACAUCCCAAGUGCUCGCUGGAGACUUACAUGCUACCUGUGCAGACAAAAGGGACAUGGAGCCUCCAUCCAGUGCCAUAAGGCCAAUUGCUACACAGCCUUCCAUGUCACCUGUGCCCAGAGGGCCGGGCUGUUCAUGAAAAUCGAGUCUGUCCGAGAGACAACGGCUAACGGUACAACCUUCUCUGUGAAAAAGACAGCAUUUUGCGAGGCGCACUCACCUUCUGAGAAGGAGGGAUCAGAUGAUGAAGAUAAUAUGGGAAGGGUGCUGGUGGGCAGAGCCAAUCGAGGAAGGAGUGCCUAUGCUCCAGUACCCCUGCUGAAGACAUGCUCACAAAGCAAUAAAAAGGAGGUCAGUAAUAAUAAAAAGAAGGGGAAGAAAAGCCCAGACAUUACAUCCAAAAAAGCAGUAACACCGCUGGUCACUGUGCCACAGAUUCCUUCUCAAAGGUUGAACAAAGUUUUUAAAGGAAUUAUCAUCCAAAAAAAGAACUAUUUUAUGCAGAGGUUGCACAAUUAUUGGUUACUGAAACGGCAGUCACGCAACGGAGUACCGCUUAUUCGUCGGUUACACUCACAUCUGCAGACCCAGAGAAGUGUGGAUCAGGCUGAACCAGAUGAAAAGGUAAGCGCUGUGAAAGAAGAACUCAAAUACUGGCAAAAGUUGAGGCAUGAUCUGGAGAGAGCACGACUUCUGGUGGAGCUCAUACGAAAGAGGGAGAAGCUAAAGAAAGAGCAGGUCAAAGUGCACCAGGCAGUGAUGGAGCUUAAACUGACUCCUGCUCUCAUGCUGCAGCGCUCCACUUUGGACCAACUGCAGGAGAAAGAUAGUGCACGGAUCUUUGCAGAACCCGUCGACAUCAAAGAGGUAUCAGAUUACCUGGAGUUUGUUUCACAGCCCAUGGACUUUUUGACCAUGAGGUCCAAACUGGAGAAACACCAGUACCGCACACUGUCCGACCUAGAGGCAGACUUCAACCUCAUGAUUUCCAACUGCAUGCUUUACAACGCCAAGGACACUGUGUUUUAUAAGGCUGCAGUGCGUCUAAAAGAGCUAGGGGCUGCUAUACUUCGCCAAGCUCACAGACAGGCUCACAAUACAGGGCUGGACCCACACACCGGCAUGCACUUAUCAGAACCACCGCACAAGAAUGACUACUACCGCAAUGCGUUGGAGGAUGUGGACACUCUGUUGGACCCAGAGAACCGGGUGCACAUGUCUGUGGAGGACCAGCUGAAGGAGCUGUUGGAGAAGCUGGAUGUAGUGACAACCAUGCGCACAAGUGGAGCUCGCACACGCCGCAUUCGGCUGCUUCGCAAAGAGAUCAACAACAUCCGAUACCGUCGCAACUCCCACCUUUCCAAUGGAGACACCAAAGAGGACGAACAAGAGGACGACGAAGAUGAGGAGGACAAAGACAUGGAUACAGAGAACAACCAGUCUGCUUUCUCAGACAAAGAUGACUGUAAAUCCACACCUCCUCCGACUCUGGAGCCCUCCGGCCUGGCUUUUUCCCCUUCCUCUGGAGAUACCCCCCUGGAGCCCCCCAUGCUCCGACCAAUGACUGACCCCAAAACGCCCCCUCUUUCUGAACCUCUCAAGUCAUGCAAUAAUAGCAUGGACACAGACUCUGAGGCAGAUCUUGUCUCCCAGAACAGUCACCUGAGGGUGCGGGACACUCCGCCAGUGCUUUCACCCAGUGACAACAAGCUUCUUAACGGUGUCUCCAACAAUGAAUCCCCCAACCGGCAUGUUUCAGGAGGGGUGGGCCGGCGCACUGCCAUCUUGUUCAGAAAAGCAAAAAAUGGUGCCAAGCUGCAUCGCGACAAAGACAAUCGGCUGCAGAAUGGUGAGAGCAGAGCUUUACCGAACCCUCUCAAUAGCAGCUCAUCCACCACUGCUACGCCUGUAACCACAAACGCAGAGGCAACGACUCCAUCUCGAGCAUCAGUGCCGCCACCCAUUCUUACUCCGGUCGUUCAGAGAGGACGCAGCCGCAGUGCUAGUCCUGAGGGCCAACGGGAGAAAACUCCACCUCGCUCUAUAGAAUCAGCUCUUACUAACGGAUUCAAUAAGCACAAAGACAGCGGCUCAGACUCUGAGAGCAGCCACUCACCUAUCCUUAAAAAGGAAAUCAUUUCACCACCAAAAAAAAGCCGGGGAAAACCAGCGUUAUCCAAAGUACCCUUCCUAGAGACUGUUAAUGGAGAUUCUGACUACACUGGACCUGUAGAUAUGCUGUCUAUAGAGAGUGAUGCUGAACCUGAACCUCUAGACCUUGUGUGGGCCAAAUGUAGAGGAUACCCAUCCUACCCUGCUCUGAUCAUCGACCCAGAAAUGCCGGAGGAGGGUGUGUUGCAUAAUGGUGUGCCUAUUCCCGUGCCCCCUGUGGAUGUGCUGAAACUCGGAGAGCAAAGACAGGAAGAGGCUGGAGAAAAACACUACCUUGUCCUGUUCUUCGACAACAAACGCACUUGGCAAUGGUUACCGCGGGAGAAGCUACUGCCUCUGGGUGUGGACGACACAGCGGACAAACUGCGUCUUAUGGAGGGGAGGAAAUCGAGCAUCCGCAAAUCGGUGCAGGUGGCCUACGACCGGGCCAUGAGCCACCUGAAUCGUGGACGCUGCGCACUCGGUUUCAUCACCUCCAACUUCAUGUAGAGAGGAUUCCUGUUGCACAUCACUACCGUUUAAGCGGCUACAUGGCCAUUUUCCAGUUAUCAUGGACUGGGUUAUAAUGAGAAGUCACAUUUGACUUGCUGAUUUGACUUUUUAAUGCAGUUCAUUUCUUUCCAAAAAAGCAUUAGCAGCCAUGCUGUCGGGUUUAUUAUUUCCCCUUAAGGUUUGGAUGGGUUAGAAAAAAAAUAUGUGCGAUAACUGUGAUUGAUUUUAAUACUAGUGUCACUUUAAAUCCUGUGGUUUUUUAGUGUGGGCUGUCUGAAGGUUAAUAGUUCAGUAGAUAUAAAGAUGUCUGUUUUGACAAUGAUUUAUUAGUACAAACGAGCAAAUGAAUCAGCAGGUGUGUUAUGAAUGAACCACUGCCAUUUUCUUACAAAAGCUUUUUACUUUUUAACGUUUUACAAACCACUUUCUUGUAUAUUAAGACUCGUGUAUAUACGUAUGUUUUUUAUUAUGCGAUAUCUAAUUUAAUUCGGGUCUUGUGUAUGAUGGUCUGGAUGUAUGAAGAAGUUAGAUCUCCUCUGUACAUAUUUGUAAAAAAAGAAUCAGCUCACUGGCACACUGCAAACUGUAUUCCGCUUGUGUGAAUAGAUUAUGUAUGAAACGUAUAUAGAUUCACAGACGGUCGUCUUUGCUCAAACUUUGUCAUUUUUGAUACGCAAAUAUGUAAUUUAUUUAUGGAGCACAGAGAGAUAGAGAGAACAUUUAAUUAUAUAUUGGGUAAAGAUUCAAAUAAAAGCUUAUUUAAGGUUCAGAGUUGAAUAGGGUUUUAACAGAAGGGCUUUGUGACAGGGGGCAUCUUUUCCAGCGUUCACAGACUGUUAAACAAGUAACAAAUUUUUAUUUGCCUUUUUUUGCACCACGAAGCACAACGCCUUGUAUUUAUUGAAGAAAGUUGUCGAGCGUUUAUCAGUUUAUAAAAUGGAAAACUUUUAUGCUUGUACAAAUCGCUGAUUUUACUUACUCGCCAAAUAACUUGUCAGAACCAGUAUUUUCUCACGUGGGGAAAAUAAAUGUUCUACUGAAACUCUAAA